AAGUGAAACUUAAGGUUUAGUUCAGUGAGGCAGAGCAGAAACCAUGGCGUCUGGUUCUUACUCCGAAGAUUUGACUUGUCCUGUCUGUCACACUUUCUUCACAGAUCCAGUGAAUCUUCCCUGUGGACACGCUUUCUGCAGAGAAUGUAUUCCAGACGGUGUGAGUUCACCGCUCUAUUGUCCACAGUGUGGGGAGGCUGUUCCUCCAGAGGGGGGAUGUCUGCCCACCAGCCUCAUAUUGAAAAGCCUCUCUGAGAAGGCCAAGGCUGAGGCGGCUGAGAUGUGCCCAGAGCAUGAAGAAAAGCUGAAACUGUUCUGCGUCACAGAUCAGCAGUUAGCUUGUAUCAUAUGCCGAGAUGGGGAGAAGCACGAAGGACACAAGUUCAAACCAAUCAAAGAAGCCGUCGCAUCUCUCAGGCAGGAGUUGGAGAAGGGAAUGGAGAACUUCAGUGGUGAUAUUCUUGCUACAGAGAGCUUAGCCAAAAGUCAGGGAGAAGAAUUAACAAAAACCAAGGCAAAGUCUCAGCAGCUGACCUCCCAAAUCCAAAGGGAGUUUAAGGAAAUGCACGACUUUCUGAGAAAGAGGGAGAAGGAGAUAAGGAAAGAGUUGAAAUACAAAGAGGAAUAUGCUGUUGAGAAAAUGAGCAAUAACCUAAAUGCUAUAGAGAAAGCUCUUUCUGAGAGCAGAGAGCUGGAGCAAAAGCUAAAGUCUGUUCUGAAAACUGGAGAUGCAGGAAGUCUCUUAAAGAGCUGGUCUGAGAGCAACAGCAAGAUGACUCCAAAGGACGCUCUCAGGCCCAGAGCCAAAGAUCUGCAAGUGGUGAAUGACUCACUGUGUUUUGAUCCCUAUGAAAGCCACCUGCAGUUCUUCAUGUGGAAAGAGAUGCUUCAGGUGAUCAAGCCACGGGAAGAGCUGCUCUCUCUGCAAAGCAACAGUUCAGAUAUAACUCUCUCUGAUGACGGACAGAGUUUGUUUCCCAAAAGCGAGCAGGCAGCAGUAUAUUGUUCCAGUUGUGGAGUCAAUUAUGACCGCCGCCACAAUUGUCAGUCGGGGCAGAUAAUUUCCAGCUAAAUACUCCUAGUUUUAGGUUUAUGCAUCCUCCUAUUCCUUCCUUUGAUGGAGAACUUGUCAUCCAAACAAAUCCUCAGUUCACUUCAGGGCAGCAUUACUGGGAAAUAGAUGUAGGACAGAGGGUCUUUUGGAAACUUGGAAUAGAAGAUAAUUUCCUGAAAUAUGAAAGUCAAAAAUAUGUUACCUGCAGUAAAAACGAAACCACGGUACUCGAAUUUGGCGAUGUACCUCGAAAGAUUGGUAUUUACCUAAACUGCACAUCCAAGAUGCUCUCCUUCUAUAAUGCAGACAGCAUGACGCUU